AUGGAUAUCUCAGAUGAGGAGGAGGAGGAGGAGGAGGAGGAGUUUUGCCAACUUGUGCGUAUGUUUGAUGACGAUGAUAAUGAUGACGGCGGUGAUGAUGAGGAGGGGGAGGAGGAGAAGGAGUUUUCCCUACUUGUGCGUAUGUUUGAUGACAAUGAGGAGGAGGAGGAGGAGGAGGAUAAGUUGUUUUACAAACUUGUGUGUGUUACUGCAGGUUUAAUAGUGUAUUAUUGUAAGACAUAUAUUCAUGAAGAACCUCCUAGGAAUUCUGUUAAAAUGAACUCAGAUUUACUGGCAAAAAUUGAAUGCCACUCAAAACGUGAUGGCGGCAUACAGUUCACGUUUGCAGUUGCUGGUUGGGAAGGCAGUGUCACUGAUGCUAAAAAUAUUCUUGACCUGAUGCAAAUUUUCCAGAGCCUCCCAGAG